UCUUCAGUUCUUACUUAGUAACGUGCCUAUGCGCAACUUAACUGAUUUUUAACACAAAUGUUUCGAAAUGUACGUUUAAAUUGAAACUCAAAGCCCAUUUUAUAAAUUGGUACUUCUUUAGUCUAAAUUUGAAUGUUUUAAAUAAUGGUUUUUAUUUAAGUUUGGAAAAUUAACGCCAGUGUGUGAAAACUGAAAUUAAUUAUAUUAGGUAACUACUUAGAAUAAAUAUUUAAUUAAACAACAUGAGGUUAAAAAGAAAUUCUACGAAAAAUAGCGAAAUAGAUUCGACGGCCAGUUCGGUGAAAUCUGCUGAUAGUUUUGGCAUAUUUGGCAGCGCAUGUUCGGAUUGUUCAGAAUGCGAAUACGGCGCGGAAAGAAAAUGUCACAUCUACGGCAAUAUAUCGAGCUCGAGCUGCACAAACCUGAGUUUCCACAGCGCGGCCGAUCGCGAGACGCACCCUCUGCUGCUCAGCCCCAACCUCACCAACACUUACAAGUCCAUCAGUAGCAGUACAGACACACUGGGUCCCGGAGAGUUGUCAGCGAGUGAUAUUAUAGCCACAUACAAAAAAACUCUUCAGAAAACCGUCAUUGUGGAGAAGAACAGGCAAAGUUCUCUAGUCACAAUUUUUUCAGUAUGGAACACGAUAAUGGGGUCAUCUUUAUUGACCAUGGCGUGGGGCGUGGAGCGUGCAGGGUUGCCGACUGCGUUAUUCCUGAUCAUAUUUAUGUCAGCCCUGUGUCUAUAUACCGCCUAUAUAUUGCUGAGAGUCAAUUAUUAUCAUGGCACUGAGACCUGCGAGGUUCCAGCACUAUGCCGCUUGUUGCUCGGCGCAGGCACGGCAGCGGUCGCACACGCCUUCAGCUUGUUGGUACUCCUGGGCGCCAACGUGCUGUACUGGCUCCUCAUCUCCAACUUUCUCUACCACACCGUCAACUACCUCAUGGAACUAAGUUCGCCAAAUGCUACAGCUUUCAACGCAACAGUCCUCUGCCCUACAGACGCACUCAUCACCCCCUCCGCCCCCAUCGCAGCACCCUCCCCCUACUGGGGGCUCCACACCACUGUCCCCUUUUACGUGGCAAUCAUCGUGUUCCCACUUCUGAACUUUACGAAGGUCUCCUUCUUCACCAAGUUUAAUUCUUUGGGUACAUUAUCAGUAUUCUACCUCCUGAUCUUCAUAAUAGUGAAGGGUUGGAUGUGGGGCAUCAACAUGAGCGCGCUCACGGCCGGCGUGCACGGCGGCGGCGACGCGGCUGUGCUGAGCGGCAUGCUGGCGCUGUCCUUCUACAUACACAACAUCAUCAUCACUAUCAUGAGCAACAACGCAAGGCAGGAGAAAAAUGGUCGAGAUCUGUCGAUAGCGUUUCUAUUGGUGACUGUGACCUACGUGUUGGUCGGUGUGGUGUUCUACAUUUGCUUCCCGCUCGCCAAGUCCUGCAUAGAAGAUAAUAUCUUGAACAACUUCGAAAUGCAUGACGUUAUGACCGCGAUAGCAAGAGCGCUAUUGCUUUUUCAGGUAAUCACAGUAUACCCGCUAGUAGUAUUCAUGAUAAGAUGUGAAGCUGCGCAGUUGUGUGCCAAAGCGGCCGCGCGUGGCCCCGGCGUCGUCAUCAACCUGGCGGUGGUCGCGCUCAGCAUACUGGUCGCGUGCUUGUGCCCCAACAUUGGCACCAUCAUCAGGUACACAGGAGCGAUAAGUGGUCUAGUGCACGUGUUCGCGCUUCCAUCGUUUCUGCAGAUGCGCUCACUCCAUCUGCGAAGGAAGUUGACCGUAUGGAAAGUACUGUUUUAUUCCGCCAUUAUUGCUUUUGGAACUGUUAAUUUAGUCAUGCAGUUUUUCAUCGCGUAGAUUCGGCGAGUCCAGAUCAAGCGGCUUAUAGGGGGACUUUUAGGACUGUUUUUGCUGUGGAAACGACUAUAAGCGGUAUAAGCACGCUCACUCCGCAGUAGCAGUCUUCCAAUACUUUCGCACCUAUACACGACAGACAGACAGAAGUGGACAGACGACAUCAAACGAGUCGCAGGAAGCCGCUAGAUUCAGGCGGCGCAAAAUCGUGGAAGUCUCGACGAGAGACCUAAAAUCAUAACCCUUCCUUUUGGCUUCGCCGCAGUCGGGUAAUGGGUUGCAUCUCGGAAACGUAUUUAAAAAAUAUAUAUAAUGAACAUUAUUUGUUCACAACAUAAUUUGUAAACAAACAUUUACGAUAACGUGUAUUGUAACUUUAUUUAGGUAUAAGAUUCUAGUCAAUAAAACAAUAUUUAAACUUGA